AUGUCAGGAAUGGAAGCACAAAAGAAGGAUGAAGCAGGAUUAGCGAUACCCAGGGAACAAACACAUAUUCUAAGAUUGGUCAUUUUUCUUAACGAGCUGGGAUCAUUGGCCUUGAAAGAGCGUCUGAUAUAUGAAGUGUUCAAUAAUUAUAUACAGAACAAAAAAGCUCACCUUCAGAACAAACUGCCACAAGCACAAUUUGAUAAACUAUUCUCCUGUCCAGCAUGUCCUCAUUUCAAUAAGUUAGAUCCAGACACACUCUUGCUCAUCAAUACCAUUGUAUUUAAUCUUCCGCGUGUAUCAGAUGGAAAUGCUGCUCUUCUCAAGUCCCAUUUGGAGGGUGAAGGUCUCGUCGUGUUUCUCAGUGGUCAUUCAGACCAAAUUAAGUCCAAGAAAGUACUAAGUAAGAAGCAGCUAGGUUACCUGUUUCCAACUUUGCUAUUUCAGAAACUAGACAUAACACUUCUGAGUUUUUUACUCUUCAAUCUAUUUGAUAUAAAGCCAACAUCUUCAUGUUUUGAACAAUUACCACCUGAGCACCAUACUCAUAUUGGUGAUGAUAUUUUACGGCUUCGGUUGUAUAGGAACAAAGUGUCUCACAUAAGCACUGCUGGUUUGAACCAAGAGAGGUUCGAUACCUUCUGGAAAGACAUUUCUGGAGCCCUCAUUCGUCUACUUGGUGUUGAAUGUAAGUCCCGCCUAGAUGAGGUGAAACAUAAGAGUAUAGACGGUCGUAUGCUAUCCGAAUAUCACCAGUUGAUUAGUCAAUGGUACCAAGACGAUUUGGAAACCAAUAAACAUCUCGACGAAAUCAGGCGAGCAGUUGUUGAUGUGGGGAAAAGUGUUGGCCACCGAGAAUACCAGCAACGCAUUUGGAUGAAAUCCCUUUUUGAACAGGAAAUGAAGAAACGAUUGGAACCUUUGCUCCGAAAAAUUAAACUGUGGUCAGACCAAAAACACACAGAGGAACAAGCACAACACGCCUUACUUUUCAAGAACCGAACGGACUUAUUACGAGCUUGUCAAGUCUUGGAAAGGGAUGGCCUCGACUUCAAAACAUGUUCAGGUUCAUCCUUGAAACGAAGUGCAAGCUCUAUAGAGCCUGGACAGAAACCAGAGAGAUGGGCUAGCAAAACACAUGGAAAGGCAGGCGGCGAAUCAUGUGUUUCUAAAUGUGAAAGAAGUGCCACAGCACAGUGUUCUAGGACUGACAAAGGGAGACGCCGCUGGACAGGGCCAAUUCUUUACACUGGAAGGCGUGCUGAUCUUCAACAAUCAGAGAAAACUGGCACAUCAUCCGAUGCUGACUUUAUAUGUAAAGUAAUGCAACACACACCAACGUCAUCUUUAGAUGCUGUUGAUCUUUACGCACUGGAUAAAUGCUCUGUGGUCUCGGGUGUGGUAGACUUACCAAUGCCGCGAUAUGAUAUUACCACCAAUGGUAGCCAGUCAUCUAGACGUCACUGCCAGCGAAUGAACAGUCAGAUCAUUGGUUACGCAGCCACUGCCAAAAGUACAAACCAAACCAUAACAGAAAGUGACAAGUACAGACGGGAACAGAAACUGGAGAGAAGGAAGCUUCGACAGAUGGAAAAUGUUGAUUUUAAGGAAAAGCCAGAAUAUCAACAAGGAGGAAAAGAUCACAAGAAAUGCUUUACUCGGCCAGAUACCCCUGUACCUUUCAAUUGUACCCGUUUUAAAACGUCCGACACAAAACCAAACAAAAAAUAUGUGCAUCCUCCCACAACAUCACAUGACUUCAUUGAAUCACAAGAACCCGAAGAGUUUCAUUUGCGACAAGAAAAUAAGCGAUGGACCACUUACCCGGUACGCCAUGACGUGAAAACAGGUAACAUCAGCAGAGACAGGCGGAAGAGCGAUAGUGACGUCACACCGAAGUCAUUCAUCUCCAUUCAGAAACAGAUUCAAGAUAGAUACGGAGGAGAGGGUCUAGAUUUCUCAGAGUUUACAGAGAAAUCGUCAAUAUAUUUGAAAAUUGGUCAUAUUGAUGAAGAAGACGAAACAAGCAACGAGCCAACAGUUCAAAAUCAGCAGUCACUCACAAUGACCGAGACAAGCCAAAAAGACAUAAAACCAGAUAUGACAACUGCAAAAGGAGUCAUGUCAGUUUUGAAAGAUUGUUUUUCAAAGCCGACCACCAGACCUUAG